AUGGACUCGAUUGAGGAGAGCGGCUUGGCCCAAUUUCGGGCGAGAAAGGCGAAAGGGCGAUCGCGAAAGAUUUUGGUACGAUGGAGCCCGGCUGGAGGCUCGACCGACGUGUUGGAGCAGGCGUUCAGGCUAGUUGAUGGCUACACCUUCGGCAGCCUUCUGCACGAUGCACUCGAGCAUUUCGGUCUGCAGCAAGGCACAGCCUCCUCGCGUGCUACUACUCUGGCACCCACAAGCAUCGAUGAGUCAUCGCCCAGAGGUGCCCAGCCCCGCUUCGAGCUGCGCGACGCCGACGGCAGCGUGUGGCCGCUACUCGCACGAAUCGAGGCCGAGAUCACCGAGGACGACCUCCUGCUACACGCCACGAACGAGCCACAGCCUGUGGACUACCAAGGCACGAUCGUGUGGCCCGUCGUAUGUCUGGUCGAGACCGGACCCCUCGGUCGACGUUCGCUCGCCAAAGCCAGCAAGAAGAAGAGCCACGAGUCCCGCUCCGCUGGGAGAGCGGACAGCAACGACGAGGGCGCCAACGGUUCUGGCAGCGGAACGGAACGCAAGAAGAAGGGCAGCAAGGUGCGACGCGCGCACAGCGAGACGCCCGUCCUGCCGCAGCAGCUGCCCAUCGCGGCCGCUGCAGUGGCGACGCCGUCGGCAGUCUCGUCGCUGCUGUCGACAGCGGUGGCCGGAGACGUCGACCAGCAGCAGUACUCGGCCUCGCCGCCGUCGACCAAAAGUGCCGCGAGCGAGAGCGAGCGCCGACGGCUCUCCUCGUCCCAGCCGGGCAUGGCCAAGCGACACAGCAGCGAAACGCUGUACAAGGGUCCACUGCGCUCGUCGCCCGUGUCGUCGGUACUCGAUGGCACCGCAGCCACGACCACCACCGGCGCCGGCUCCGGGUUGCAGCUGCUCGACCUGGAGCACGUGGCCAAGAGCAAGAAGCGGAGCGGCGGCAGCGGAGACGUCGCCCGGCUGCAGUCGCCCGUGUCGUCGGGCGAGGUCUCUCCCGAGCGCGAGGGUGCGAGCAGCGAUGGCGGCGGCGGAAAGAACAGUCCCAGGCGGAAGGACCAGGCGCCGCACGACGAAGAGCGAAAGAAGGAAAAGACGAGUCCCGAGCCCGAGACGGUGAGUCCGCGCCAGCGACAACCGAGUCCGAGAGACAAGAGCGAAAGCGACGAACAGAGCGAAAGCGAAGCGGGAGGGUCGACGCCUAAGAAGUCGAGCGCGACGGGCAAGCUCUACGCCGAGAUCACGCGCGGCGUGCGCACGCACCUGCGCGCAGCCUCGGACUCGCUUCGCGAUCACGAUCGCACGCCACCGGUGACUCCAUCAUCCUCUGCGUCGUCUUCGUCUUCCUCGUUGGACGAGCGCGACACGAGCGAGAAGGCCGACAACCAUCAUCGCGAGUCGUCCAACAAGGAGAAGCGCGAGAAGAAGGAGAAGCACGACAAGAAGGAGAACGUCAUCGUACGCCUCUUUGGCAGCGAGCGACACCACAAAGACAAGGGUCCGGCGUCGAGCGCCAGCUCCAGCGCCGGUAGCACGAAGGAGCUGAAGGUCGCUGCGCCAGUGGUGGUGUCUGUGGUGCGAGACGAGGUGGAGAUCCAGAUCACCGGCCCGCGCGUCGACCCAGCGGAUGGUGACCGCCGCGUGCUGAUGGUGCACAGCGGGGGCGGCACGGUCGGCGCCGGCGGGGUGGUGACUACGCUGACGACGAUGCCUAGCCCGCCGGUGUCGCCCUUCCCGAUGCACAAGAGCGGCAUCCGGCUGAUCAAGGUCGAUUCCGAGCACUGCAUCAACCUGCCCCUCGUCAACUCUGAGAUCACCGCCCAGAAGACCUCCUCCAAAGCGACCAAGUUGUUGUGGGAGAAGCCGCCGAGCGUGGUGCUGAUCAUCAAGAAGCCGCGCGAUCCGGUCAUCACGCAGCAACUCUGCGCUUUGGCCAAUUGGCUGGAGAAGGAGAAGAAAAUGACGGUGCUGAUCGAGCCGGAGGUGCAGACGCGGGAGGCGCCGCACUUGAUGUCCUUCACCAACUUCCUCGAGGACGUGCCCCUCAGCAACAAGGUCGACUUCAUCAUCACCCUCGGUGGCGACGGAACGAUCCUGCACGUCAACUCCCUGUUCCCGUACUCUGUGCCGCCGGUCGUCUCCUUCGCGCUGGGCUCUCUCGGCUUCCUGACGCCUUUCGAUGUGGCCGAGUUCGAGCACCACCUGGCCUGUGUGAUUCGGGGCGAGUUCUGCCUCACCGUGCGCCAGCGGCUCGAAGCGCAGAUCUUCAAGCUGAGCCCCACAGGCGAAUUCAUCGGUUCACCAACGUACCAGUGCAUGAACGAGGUCGUGAUCGACCGCGGUCCGGAUUCGCAUCUGUGUUCGCUCGAGUGCUACUGCGACGGGCUGCUCAUCACCACCAUCCAGGCCGACGGGGUGAUCAUUUCGUCUACGACGGGUUCGACCGCCUAUUCGCUCUCGGCUGGCGGAACCAUGUGCCACCCCAUCGUGCCUGCCGUCUGCUUCACCCCCAUCUGCCCCCACUCGCUCUCGUGCCGGCCCAUCAUGUUCCCCGACUCUGUCACCCUCCGGAUACAGGUGCCGGAAGACGCGCGCACGCGAGGGUGGGUGUCGUUCGACGGCCGCACGCGCACCGAACUCAACUCGCGCGAGUACGUGGUCAUCAAAAUAUCUCGAUGGCCCAUCCCCUGUAUAAACAAGACGGAUCACAUCGGCGAUUGGUUCCGGUCGCUGUGCGAGUGCCUGAACUGGAACAACCGACAGAAGCAGAAGGCCUUCCCGCCACCCACCUGA